UUUUAUUGUUAUUUCUUAGUUAAUUUUAUUCACUAUUGUUUCGAGAUCCAUUAUGAUUAAAAUAACAAAUUUGAAGAUUAUGAAGAUUAUUUUAAUAUUUAAUUUUAAUAUUAAUUUUUAAUAACUGUAUUUUUAUUUUAUUUACUUUUUUUAUCACAAUAUUAAAUUUUGAAAAAUUUUGUUUGAUAAAUUAAAAAUAUAUUUGUUGGAAAUUUGCAUCAGUGAAGAAGGACCAAAGAAAGGUACAAAAAGUAGCAACAGAAAGCGAAAAAGAACUUAACAAAGCUAACUAACAUAUAGAAUAGACUGUUUAGCAGUCGAGACAUCCAAAAAUGCUGCAUAUUUUUUAUGUAAACAUUGGUGUCAUGCUCAAGUUUGAGAUGAACUUGGCUAUACAAAGUGUUCUCAAAUUAAAAGAAGCAAUAUUAAAGAAGAUGCAAAUUGCAGUUGAAAAACAAGUUCUGCUAAUUAGCGGGGGAGAAUGGAUUAAUGAUCCAGAGAGGAAAGUCUGCAGCUACAAUGCUGGAAAUGAUAGCAACCCAUUUUUCCUGUUCAAUUUAGAUCUAUUGAAAAAACCUUUGCCCCCAUUUGAGCUGCCAAACUUUUCCACAGACAAACAGUUAGAACGUAACUUACAAGAACUACUAAAUAAACCUGCAACAUUUGAGGUUGUCACACAGAGGAAACAAAUUGUUCAGGCUUUUAGUGAGUUAGCUCAUCAAAGAAGAGGGAAAUGCCAGGAGCUGGUGCACAGCCAACAUCUACAGCACCAGGGCUGGUCUGCUGUCAUUGCCAACAUGCUGGAAGUAAUGAACAUUUAUGAGAAAAAAACGAAUAUCGUUGCUAAUAGACUUACUGAAUUUAUAAGCCAGCGAGACGAGCAUGUCAAUUUAAUUGAAAAAUUUCCAUCGGCGGUUGAAUUGUUGAAGAAGAUCCCAGCAUUCCCAUGCCUCCCAUACAAUAGUACUGAUUCGUCACCUUCUCAGUCUUCUUCCUCGUCAUCUUUUCCACCCAGCACGUCAUUCAGCUCUAUCCUGGAUUGGAUUGCUGCUACACAUUUUUCUGAUACAAAUUUCACAUUGGAAGAGUCAGUUGAGAUAUGCAAGAAAGGGCUUCAAGAAUGCAACAAGGAGUUACUGCAGAAGAUGUGGGAUGAUCUGAAUAAGAUGAUAGAGCUCGUGGUCAUCGACAAGAAGGAAGCAAAGAAAAUUAAGGGCCUGGAGGAUAGGUUGUCGGGUCUGGAGAAGUUGAUGGCCAACGUGCAAAAGGUUGCAAGCGAGCAGGAUGAACUUGCUAAGAUGUUUACCAACUUUGAGAUGCGAGUGAAGUCUCUUCAGGAUUCAUCCAUGCUGCCUGACGUCUGUAGCAGUCACAACCAGUACCUGGAUAUCGUGUUGAGCAAUCACCAGAUUCUGGUCGAUGCUGUCCAGAAGUGCACCAAAGCUAAAUACGAACUCUGCGAGAAUCUUCACAACAGGCUAAAGUCUGUUUGA